AUGACUUCUUCAAAAAUUCAAAAGGAUAUCGUGAGUGCUUGUGCUCAAGAAACCGUGAAAUCUAUAAUUGAUGACUUGGAUGGAGAUUUUCUUGGGAUUUUAGUUGAUGAAUCCAUAGACAUAUCACACCAUGAACAAAUGAUCGUUGCAUUGAGUUAUGUUAACAAAAAAGGUAAAGUGAAUGAGCGAGUUAUUGCUAUUGUUCGUGUUGGUGAUACAUCAGCAAAAACGUUGAAGGAAAUAAUAUGUUCUUUGCUUAUGAGACACUCUUUAAGUGCAUCUAAAAUACGAGGACAAGGCUAUGAUGGGGCUAGUAACAUGCAGGGAGAAAUAAAUGGUCUUAAAGCUUUGAUUUUGCAUGAAACUCCAUCGGCAUAUUGCAUUCAUUGUUUUGCUCACCAAUUGCAAUUGGCACUUGUAGCCGUUGCCAAAAACUAUUUGCUCAUAUUGGUGAUGUCCAAUGAUCUAAGUACAUCAUUACAAAGGAAGGAGCAAGAUAUUGUCAAUGCCAUGACAUUUCUUGACAUUACUCUGAAAAGAUUACAAUUGUUGAGAGAUGAUGGAUGGGAUUCCCUAAUGAAUGAAGUUCAUAAUCCAGCUAAUGCGUUUGCUAAUUUUGAUAAGAAAAAAAUAAUGAUAUUGGCCAAGCAUUAUCCGGAUGAGUUUGGUGAAUCAAAGUUUCGAGAGUUUAGUUACCAACUUGAUACUUUUAUUAUACACAUGCGACGUGGUGAUCCUAUAUUCUCUAAUUUGACAGGAAUUGGUGAUUUGGCAGAAGCAUUGGUUAAUGCAAAUCUUGUGGAGACUUAUUUUCUUGUGUACUUACUUGUGAAGUUGACGUUGAUUUUAUCAGUCACUACUGCAAUUAUAGAGAGCUUUUUCAUCUAUGAAGCAUAUCAAGAAUGA